AUGGUCAAGGUCCUCAUCAUCAUGGCCGAUUAUGGCCACGAUCCCACAGAAGUCGCGGUUCCCUACCAGACCUUUAAGGAUGCCGGCUUCGAUGUAAACUUUGCGACCGAAACGGGCAAAACGCCCCGAGGCGAUGGGAAAAUGCUCGAGGGCAUCUCUCAGAAGAUCCUGGUACGAUUUAUGAACUUUGUUCUCAUCUCUGAGCUCUUACUUCCCGGUCCCGUACACAUCAUCAGCAAACGUUCCGCAAUUGGUGCCGCCGCUUCAGCGAAGAAGCUAUAUAAUUCUAUGGCAGAGUCUCCGGAGAUGCAGCAACCCUUGUCAUGGUCCGCCCCUGGCUUCACUCUCGACGACUUCGACGUCGUGCACAUACCAGGCGGUCAUGACAAGGCUGUAAGGCAGCUGAUGGACUCAGCUAUCGUGCAAAAGCUCUUUGCCGAUUACUUCCCCAAGACUAAGAAGCCUAGCAAAAAGAUUGUGGCUGCCAUCUGUCACGGCCCGCUGGUGCUCUGCAACGCCAAAGGCGAGGACGGAAACAGCGUUUUAUACCACUGCACAACUACGGCCCUCCCUGCCUGCUUCGAAGCGUUGUCUUUCCACGGCACCAAACUGUUCAUGGGUGACUACUACAAGACAUAUGGUGCUGGCAGUGAGAACGUUGAGGAUUCGAUGAAAAAGGUGCUCAAGGAUCCAAGUCAGUUCAAGAGUAGCUGGCAACCCCACCGACCUUUUGUUGUGGAAGAUACAGAAUACAAUUACAUCAGUGCUCGGUUUCCUCCUGAUUCGGAAAAAUAUUCCGAAAUGGUGGUCAACCUCGCUCACUUAGUCCAGAGCUACAAGAGCGUCGACGAGUCGCGCACCACUUAG